AUGGCCCCGGUGCUGGGGGCCACCAGGAAACAGGACAUCCCUCCCUCAGCCCCUGGCGAGAUGGAGACGGCAGCUGUGCUGGCUCCGACCCACUCCUCUGAGUCCCCGGAGGUGGCCGUGGACCCUGGCUGCCUGCUUGCAGAGGGCAGGGGCCGGGGAACCUCAUCCAUGGACAGCGGGCAGCUCCAAAACUUGCCGUCGCAGGCAGACGUGGCGGCGGACCUGGGGCAACUGCACCUGCGGGAGCCAACCUGCCCCGAGCCCCCUGUGCCAUCUGGUCCGUGGCAGAAGGAGAUGGUCCCGGUGCCCAACAGCACGGCGCUGGUGUGGGCUGGCGAGGUGGCACGGCCGGAGCAGGAGCGGUCACCCUGCAUGGUCGGCAUCUUCCCCAUCGUGUAUUACAGCGUCCUGCUGGGGCUGGGGCUGCCAGUGAAUGUCCUGACCGCCGUGGCCCUGUCCCGCCUGGCCACGAGGACCAAGAAGUCAUCCUACUGGUACCUGCUGGCCUUGACCACCUCCGACAUCCUCACCCAGGUCUUCAUCAUCUUUGUGGGCUUCAUCCUGCAGACAGCCAUCCUGGCCCGGGCGGUGCCCAGCGCCUUCAUCCACACUGUCAACGUGCUGGAGUUCACAGCCAACCACGCCUCCAUCUGGGUCACCGUCCUGCUGACCAUGGAUCGCUACGUGGCCCUCUGCCACCCGCUGCAGUACCGCGCCGUCUCCUACCCACAGCGUACCCGCAAGAUCAUCGCAGCCGUCUUUGCCAUGGCUCUGGCCACGGGCAUCCCUUUCUACUGGUGGCUGGAUGUGUGGCGUGAUGCCGACCCCCCCACUGCCCUGGACACGGUGCUCAAGUGGGUGCACUGCAUCACCAUCUACUUCUUGCCCUGCAGCAUCUUCCUGGCCACCAACUCCAUCAUCAUCUGCAAGCUGAAGCGGCGGAGGCGCUCGGGGGGUGGCCGACCCCACCUGAGCAAGACCAUGGCCCUCCUCCUGGCCGUCACCACCGUCUUCAUCGUGCUCUGGGCUCCCCGGACCAUCGUCAUGAUCUGCCACCUCUACGUGGCCUCGGUCAAGAGGGACUGGCGUGUGCACCUGGCCUUGGACAUCGCCAACAUGGUGGCCAUGCUCAACACCACCCUCAACUUCUUCCUCUACUGCUUCGUCAGCCAGACCUUCCGCCACACAGUGGGUGAGGUGCUCCGGGCCCACCUCCGUCACAGCCCCCGGACCGGCAGCGGCCGCUUCCCACCCCCAGCCCUGAAACCACUGGAGCUGCUGGCCGGCACGGCCCUCUGA